AUGAUGCGAACUCGACUGUUAUGGUUCAGCGCAGGAUUCACCACCUCAGCUGCCGUGGUUUCUCAUUUCAUUUGGAAGGAUCUCUGGGUUGACCGUCACGCUUUCUCUUCUCAUAUAACUCAUCAAUUCGAAGCUCUUCAAACUCGAAUCUCAAAUCUCGAAUCCUCUUUGCCGAAUCAAAAUCCCGUUUCUAAUCACGAUCAGGUUGAAGGCUAG